CAUAUCCCGCAAUCCUUUUCGGCGUGGCUCCAUUUACAUUGGAGAUCAGCUGAGCUUGUGCAUCGCUGCAGUGAGAGUAAAGCGCGCGGUGAGGGAUCGGAGCAGCUCGGGAUGCUCGGCGUGUCUCUGCUCGGGCUUGGACAUCAUUUUAAACCCCCGGACCGACCGGAAACAGGGCUUUUUAAACGUCUGGAAGAAUGUGACUCUUUAACGUAUUCGUGUUUUUAUUUCUUAACCACGCAGGUGGUCUCCACUCUGCUGAUCGAGUACAGAUUUUGAUGAGAUUUUUUUUUACUUCCAUUAUUUCGUUCAUCACCUGUCCUGUCAGUGCGGAAUACACUUGGACACGUCUCAGUGGAACCGUCCGGGGUUUGGAGGAGAUUACAGUGUUUUUUUGUUUUUGUUUUUUGUUUUUUUUUACCGGGAGUGGGCUAAAUAAUAUGUCCAGGCGAAAACAGACCAACCCCUUCAAAGUUAACUGGCCAUUUCACACUUCAGGCAUCACAGGACUUCAGCACACUAUUAACAUGGAUGGCAGGGACGAAUACACCGAAGACAGUGAAUGUUGCAGCAACAACUCCCAGGAAGUCCAAGGGCAGGAUAGCAUCUCAGGGCUGUGUUUGCCUCCAUAGAAGACAGCGAUAGUGACCCUGACAACCACGGUGAAGACUCAUCCUCCAACACCUCUGCCGAUGACCACAUGACCACCAAGACGUCUCAGUGCCGCCUACAAGGAGUGGGAGUCAAAGAGGAGAGCGAGGAAGGGGCCGACCACAGCAACAGCUUUGUUUGUCCUCUCUGCACGCUGGAGUUCAGCAGCCCUGAGAAGCUCAUUUCCCAUGUGUACCAGCACACGACUAUGAUGAGCAACUCCAAGAGCUAUGUGUGCCCAGUGUGUGGGCGAGCGCUGAGCUCGCCUGGCUCACUUGGACGACAUCUCCUCAUCCACUCCGAGGACCGCCUCUCCAACUGCGCUGUCUGUGGCGCACGCUUCACAGACACCAACAACUUUAACAGGGAGAAGCUUAAAGAUGUCCUUGACACAACCAGGAUGGAUGUCACUGGUGGAAGGGACACCUGCUCCAUGCCCCAGUCCCUCUCCAACAGCCCCAUGCCCAGCCCAGGCUCCGGCACUCGCUCCUGCCAUGGGCCAGGCCCCAGCCUCAGUUCAUGUCAGGGUCCUCACUCGUGUCAGGCACCUGACCCCAGCUCCAGCCUAUGUGAAGUGCAUCGUACCUGCCAGGGACCAGGCCACAUGUCGAGCCAAUGUCAAGGUCCCAGACCAUGUCAUAGCCCAGGCCUGGGAUCUGGGCAGUGCUCAGGACCAGGCACAGGCCCUGACCAAGGACCCUCCUUUCCCUCACUGCCCGACAGUCUCCUCUCUGAAGGGCCGACACUCUCGUCUAUCCCUAAUGCUCUUAACUCCUCUUCCUCGGGACUCCCUCCUAUCCCUGACAUCCUGAGCCCUAUGCCGGUGUAUCCUGCUGGGGUGCUGCUGGUGUGCAACAGCUGUAUGGCCUAUCAGCAGUUGGUGGAGACCCAGUCCCCGAUGAGAAAAUGGGCUAUGCGUAGGAAGAACGAACCCUUGGAAGCUCGCUUGCAGCGCCUAGAACGUGAGCGCACGGCUAAGAAGAACAAACGGGCGUGUGAGACAGAAGAGGAGAGGGAACUGAGGAGGCUACGGGACCGCGAGGCCAAGCGCAUGCAGAGGAUGCAGGAAACGGAGGAGCAGAGGGCACGCAGGCUGCAGAGAGACAGGGAUGCCAUGCGUUUAAAGAGGGCCAAUGAGACACCAGAGAAGAGGCAGGCCAGGCUGAUCCGCGAGAGGGAGGCCAAGAGGAUCAAGCGACGACUGGAGAAGAUUGACCCCGCUCUAAGGACACAGAUCGAGCAUGAUCCUGCUGCGAUGGCCGCCCUCACAGCAGACAUGAGUCUCUUUCAGUUCCCCUGCACUAUGCCUGUCCCUUCAAUUGAUAAUGGUCUGUUCAUGAAGCUGCCCUAAUUCGACUGGGCGCUGGGUGGGGUGGGGGCAAACUGGCUUCUAGCAGUAUUGUUAACCUCUGCCAGGGUCACAGCGCACCCAUCCCAGCUGGUUCCCUCCAAGCUUCCUGUGUUGAACGGCUUCACACACAAAACUGCUUUGUUCAAUACAGCAAAAACUAUUCCUAAUUUAUUACAGUGUAGAAAACCUUGGGAACAGGGUUGAGAAUGUUUCAUAUUGUAUGGAUGACGACCUUAAAGCAUGUUGUAAAGAGAUUUAUCUGUUUGUCAGUGGACUAGCAGAUGUAUCACAGUUCAUUCUACCAGGAGCAGUUCUACUUCCUUUGAUGGAAAAAAAAAAUCUUUUGCACAUUGACCUUCAGUGAUGGGAGCGGGGACUUUGUAGCCACAGCAUCCUCCUUUCUGGUCCACUAUCCAGCCCAGUGACUCGGGGUUUACCAGCAGCUACACCUCUCACUUCAAGCUGCUGCCAUGGGUUCCUGGGAAGUUCAUCUACAGUCAAACUACUACCUCAGCUGGCGCCGUGGUUGCGCUCUCUGUCCUGUGGCUUACAACGUUCCAACUCCAAGCUUCCAAAGCUCUACAUGUACUGUACUCUACUCCAGAGGAUGCAGGUUGUUUUCUACAAGCUGUUUUCAUUGAUCACUCCGGCACUUUAAUAGGACACAGGCAUUCACAGGAGCAAGUGAUAAACAAGCACGCCAGCUCCAUGUGCAUUUCCCAGGAUUAUAAUAUUUAUAAUUUAUAAUGUUUCUUAACGGAUCAACCCUGAAUGUUUUGUCCUAUUGAACAUGGCCAGUGCUGAGCAACAUUCCUCCUUAUCCACUGAGUUGUACUUAAUGCAUUCACCUCUUUACAUUCUCUUUGCCAACAUUUUGUUCUGUUUCACACUCUUGAGUAUUUUGCCAAUGCAAGUUUUUUUUAGUUUCUGUUACAGAACUUGUCUUUGGCUCAUGAAAACUCAGUCUGCGCUGCUGUUAUCGUACUGUACAAUACAUUAGUUACCUCUUUUAUAUUUUGGGCUCGUCACAUUAAGGAAUAUUGUGAUAACUUGUUCUUAAAGCUACAAUGAAAUAGUAGCUCAUAUGUUACCUGACAGAAUUUGUGACACUAAAUUCUGCCUGCAAAGAUGUAUUUGUUUUCCUGGUUAUAGGAAAAAGACAUGAAAGCUGGUUAGAUUUAUAUAGAGGAUGAUACAUAAAUAAUGCAAGCUCUGCUUCAUGCAAUUUGUGUAGCGUUCACAUGCUUUGUAAGGCUGUAGUACUUUCAAAAAUAUGUCAACAGUACCACUUAAAUUAUUUUAUUUCCUCUGUCAGAAGAAACCUACUGUAUUUAUUGAAUCAUACCACGGGUGGAAAUGAUUCUAAACACGUCUCUGUUUCUUCUUCCCUCCUCUGUUACUGAGCACUGGGGCUAAGUUCAUGACACGUACGGGGAGAGAGAUUCUAUUAACUGACAUUCAUGAACCUCAUUGCAGCACAUAUUUAUGCAAUAUGAUGUGAAUAUACUUUUCUUGUGAAACUGUUUGGCUUAUUUGGACCACAAGUGUUAUGAAAAUAUUUUAAUGUUUAAAUUGGUGACCAUGAAUGGAUAUUCCUUAAUUUCCUGCCUGUAAGGUUACCUCCAUUUUUUUUUUUUUUUUACUUCGCUUCCUCAUAUGCAAACAAACAAACAAACACAGUGUCAAAUGAGCAUAUUCGUCAUAUCAGAGACAAGGAUGAGUACUGGUUCUGUUUGAGUCACUCCUAGACAAGAGUUUAUCUACCUGGCUGUUUGCUGUAGAAAAUGUAACAAAGAAUAAGAAAAAACUACUUUUCUUUCGUCUUCAGAGGCUUUUCUAGGAGCCUGUAUCAAGCCUCUAUGCAACAGAUGUGUCAUUUAUUCCAAGGAAAUUUAAUUCACUUUUCAUUGAAACUAUGCAGAAUGAGACUUUAAUUUAAAUGGACUUCAGUGUAAGAGUUUAGCUUCUCAGGCAAUUUAACUGGGUAAGAGGGCUCAGAGCCUAGAUACGACACCCUGGUCCAUAAAGUCACUACUAGAUUGAUCAUAUGUGCGACAGGAACAGUCUUGUUUGACUUUUCUAGAGACAGUUUGUCUCCUGAGAUCAGUUUUCUCUUCCUAGCUCAGCACGUGAAAGCACCAGGGUUUCACUGCCAUCUGAUUCAUGACAUACAAGGGCAGAUCAGUGCUCUCGACACUGGCUUCAGGUGUCAUUUAUAUCUCUCUUCUCUCAGACUAUGAAUACUGGGUAUUCUCAGACGUUGCUCUUUAAAUUUGCUGCGGUCCCCUUGGCCCUACAGUGGAAUAAUGGGACAGAUCAGCAGCUGUGGUCUGACACACUAUUGCAACAGAAGUACUAUAAACUCUGUGGUGACAUGGGUCUUUAUGAGGAGUACUUUAAGUGUGGAUUAGGUAAGCACUGCAUGUUGUGAAACUGCACUUGUCCUAGAAUGGUUCAAUAUGAGCUUGUGUUCUACUGUUAGUUCAUGCCUGCCUGUUUUUUACAGUUUAAUCAAAAAAAAAAGUUUAAACAUUGGCCUUUCUGUAUGAACUCUAUCAGGAUUUUCUCUAAAUGUCCAUGUUUACAAAAUACAUCUCCGAACAAGGCCAAAUGAACGAGCUGCACUGCUCAUGAGAACAUUUCUGCUGGCUGUGGUGUCUGACUGGAUGGCCCUUGGAGGACACCAUCCUGUUACUGGAUAAACAGAUGUACAGACCAACAUGAAACUUAAUAAAGAAUGUGGAAGUAAACAUCGACUUUACUAUAACGGUUGUGUUCAGUGUUGUUUCUGAUCUAAAAUAAGAAAGCUGACCUUUAAUUUUGAAUUUUUUUGGUGUCUGAAUUUAACCGGUACAAUUUAAGCUGCUUGAUUUUUAGUAACCUAGUUCUGAAUAGUUUCAUUUGAAUUUGUGACAUUUAUACUCAGCAGCUUCUGAAUUUCAACACCAAGUAUUCUGUAGCGGUUGUUUUUUAUUAUUACAUACUUAAAAUUAUUACAACUAUUAUUGGCCUCCAUAUGAAUCCACUCCUAUCAUAGCUUAGGAAC